UUAUUAAUGCACAUUCCUAUGCUAUUAAAAAAGGGCGUUGGUUUGGGCAAUCUCUCCCUUUAAAAGCCUCAUACUGGCGGGGGAGGAUCUAAUCCUCAGACUGAAGCCAAGGAUCAACGAGCCACUGAUUACAAGUGUAAAUAAUGACUGGAAGAGCAAGAGCUAGGGCCCGUGGGAGAGCCCGUGGUCAAGAGCGUGGCCCACCAGGACAGGGAUAUGGUCCACCUCCUCAGAGGCCACCUCCACAGCAACAGCCUCCCCAGCAACCACCACCACAACAGCCCCUUGCACCACUGGCUGAGCCAGAGCUAGUAGGUCGUGGCCGCCAAAGAGGAGCUGCAGCAGCUGCUGCAAGGCCAAAGGCUGAAGAUCCUGUGCAGGCGAUCUCUGCUGGAUUUCAGGAGGUAACUAUCAGCGAACGUGGUGGCCGCAGGCGGGAUUUUCAUGAUCUCGGUGUGAACACUCGCCAAACAAUAGCGCACGUAAAGGAAUCAAAGACAGGUGUUUCUGGGAACACAAUCCAACUAAGCACCAACCAUAUAAAACUAGUAUCCAGACCCCAGUGGGUUUUAUACCAGUACCAUAUUGACUAUAAUCCCCAAAUGGAAUCGAGACGCUUGAGGACAGCUUUGCUUUAUCAGCACGAGGAGGUGAUUGGGAAAGCUCGGGCUUUUGAUGGAACCAUAUUAUUUGCACCAAAGAGACUAAAUAAGGUUACAGAAGUGUUUAGCCAAACACGAAAUGGAGAGAACGUUAAGAUCACUAUUACUUUAACUAACGAGUUGCCCCCUACUUCACCUACAUGCUUUCAGUUCUACAACAUCAUAUUCAGGAGGCUUUUGAAGCUGAUGAACAUGAAGCAGAUUGGACGCAAUUAUUAUAACCCAAGUGAUCCAAUAGAAAUUAGUCAACAUAGUCUAACCAUUUGGCCAGGCUUCACAACAUCCAUCUUGCAGUAUGAAUGUAGCAUUAUGCUGAGCCUUGAUGUGAGCCAUAAGGUUUUAAGAAGCGAGACUGUACUGGAUGUAAUGAGCAAACUGUAUCGCAUGUGCGGAGCCAGAGAUUUCGCCGACGCCGUCACUAAAGAACUACUGGGGCAGAUUGUUCUUACAAAGUACAACAACAAAACGUACCGUAUCGACGAGAUCUGCUGGAAUAUGACUCCACAGUCUACAUUUAAGAAGUCAGACGGCAGUGACAUUAGCUUUGUCGAUUACUACAGAACGCAAUAUAAUAAAGAAAUCAAAGAUCUGAAACAGGCUCUUAUUGCCAACAUCCCGAAAAGGGUGAGGCCUGGUGGUGACACAGGGCCCAUCAUUUUAGUGCCUGAAUUAUGCAACCUCACAGGCUUGACUGACCGAAUGCGGAAUGAUUUCGGUGUCAUGAGAGACCUAGCCGUUCACACAAGACUGGCCCCAGACCAAAGAGAAAAACAAGUUGGGAGGUUCCUGAGCUACAUUCACAGAGAUGAAAAUGUCCAGAAGGAGCUUCGAGACUGGGGGCUAAAUUUUGAUAAACAACUAUUGCAGUUUGUUGGCAGAGUGUCUCCUCCUGAAAGAAUUCUUCAAUCUGGAAGAACAGCAGAGUAUAACCCUCAGUUUGCAGACUGGUCUCGAGAAAUGAGAGGACAAACUCUGAUCAGUGUUAGACAUUUGGAUAACUGGAUCUUGCUGUAUCCCAGGAGGAACUAUGAUGCUGCUCAAACCCUCGUACAGACUCUAAUUAAAGUGGCACAGCAGAUUGGAAUGAGGAUGAGUCAAGUGAGGAUGUUUGAGGUAGAUGACAGAGCCAAUUCCUAUGUACAAGUUUUGAAUACUGAAGUCACUCCAAAUACACAGAUGGUUGUCUGUAUCUUGUCCAGCAUUCAUAAGGAAAAGUAUGAUUCUAUAAAGAAAUAUCUCUGCCUUCAAGUCCCCAUUCCAAGUCAGUGUGUUGUGGCUCGUACUCUGAGUAAACCACAAACCGUUCUUUCUGUUGCAACAAAAAUUGCGAUGCAGAUGAACUGUAAGAUGGGAGGAGAGCUGUGGAGCGUAGAAAUACCACUUGGUGAAAUGAUGGUCAUUGGCAUUGAUUGCUACCAUGAUACCUUGGCAGGGAAAAGAUCUAUCGCUGGGUUCGUCGCCAGUAUGAACAGAAGCUUGACUCGCUGGUAUUCUCGGUGUGUACUUCAGGACCAAAAACAGGAAAUUGUGGAUGGUCUGAAAACCUGUUUGCAAGCUUCGUUACAUGCCUGGUAUAACUGCAACAAAAAUUUACCUUCCCGGAUCCUCAUCUAUCGGGAUGGCGUUGGAGAUGGUCAGCUGAAAACCUUGGUGAACUAUGAAAUCCCCCAGUUCUUGGAUUGCAUUAAAUCUGCAGGAAGAGAUUACUGCCCCAAGCUGUCAAUAAUUGUGGUGAAGAAGCGAAUAAACGCCAGAUUUUUUGCACAUCUUGGAGGCAGGAUACAAAAUCCGCCACCGGGCACAGUUGUGGAUGUGGAAGUGACCAGACCUGAAUGGUAUGAUUUCUUCAUUAUCAGCCAAUCGGUGAGAGUAGGGACUGUCUCUCCAACACACUACAAUGUUGUGUAUGAUAGCAGCGGCCUGAAACCGGACUACAUGCAACGCCUUACCUACAAACUCUGCCACCUUUAUUAUAACUGGCCUGGAGUCAUUAGAGUGCCAGCUCCUUGCCAGUAUGCCCAUAAACUGGCCUUCUUGGUUGGGCAGAGCAUUCACAAAGAGCCCCAUCUGGCACUUUCUAACUGCCUCUUCUACCUGUAAAUGAAAUGGGGAAUGGAGUGUAUUUUCUUUUGUGAUGUUACUUCUGAAAUAUUUGUCCUAAAUCAAAUCUGUCGUUUUCCCUGUUUGUCCUAAAUUAAAUUCGAGUAGUAUUUGUUCUAAUUCAAAUUUGGGGAUUGUUUCCUUUACCUUUAUGUUUGUUAUAGGAUCUCUGUGACUUCUGCAGUCAUAACUGGCCUAUUGAAUGAAAGCAAUAUGCUUUACUUGCAAGCUGGCAAUUUUUUUUUCUUUUUGUUCCUGGAAAUGGAAAUCUAAAAUGUUCCAACACAAUGUAUAAGCGAUAGUAUAUAUCUAUGUUAAAAUAUGUUGGAUAUUUUCUUCGUUAUUCUUUGUUUGCUUGAAAAAUGAGUAAUAUAUUUUAGUUCCUUAACUGUG